UAUGUUCUUUUUUUUCUUCUGUAGUUGUAUUAGUCAAUUUUAUUACUGUUAAUUAUCAUUAUUGAGUUGUAAGGUCACGUUAUCUCAAAUUGGGUUCUGAAUAGUGAAAAGUGAAAGCCCUUGUCUUGUGUUGUGGUUUUCUAAAAUUGAGUGUUGUAUUCUCCAAUUUCCAGUUUCUUCGAUAAUUGUUUCUUCGUUUUGCCGAUUCUGAAGAACGGGAGCUACUGCCAUGGCCACCACAGCUCUGCGGUGGCAACCUCUGCUACCGCCCAACACGAACCUGCAGCGCCGCCAUCGCCAAAUGGUAACCUUCAAAGUCGAAGCCUUUCGCCGGAGCGACAUGGACAGCUUCGCGAAGCGUAUGGCUUCCGGGGAAGCAUGGAAGGACGCGUGGCGAGGCGCCAACGACGGCAUGGAGCGCUUCAUCUUCGAAGCGAAGAAAACCGCUGAGCGCCUCGACCGCCGCUACGCCCUCUCCAACCGCCUCUCCUCGGUGGCCAGGGCUGCCGCUGACCGAGCACGUGAGAUUGAUCGCGACUUCGAGAUUAGCCUCCGAUGGCGCAACUUCACCAUGGAUUUCAGAAGAAAUUGGCCUCAGUACAGGGUGCAGCUCAAUAAAUUUCUGGAUAGUCCAGUGGGAAAGGGCGUCGUGACAACUUUCUUCAUCUGGUUUGCAUUGUCUGGUUGGCUUUUUCGAAUCUUGAUUAUUGCAACAUGGGUACUUCCAUUUGCUGGUCCUCUUCUCAUAGGGACAUUGGCUAACAAUUUAGCUAUUCAGGGAAAUUGUCCAGCUUGUAAGAUGCAAUUUGUUGGUCUUAAGAGCCAAAUAAUUCGAUGUACAAGCUGUGGCAACAUUGUGUGGCAACCUAAAGGGGAUUUCUCUUCAAGAGAUGGUAAAAGAACCUCUGCAUCUAAGUCAGACCCUGAGAUUAUUGAUGUUGAUUUUGAGGAGAAAUGAAGACAUGUAGGAGUUGGUGAAUAUCACUAUGGAUUUGACUUUGCAAACAUAAUGUGAUCAGCUUCAAUUCAUUAAUUAUGUUUCCGGUUUCUUUAUAAUUGGAGUUUGUUCUUAUAUAUUUGCUGUACAAGUGUUUGUAGUGUUAGUUGUAUGCACUUGUAAAUUUUUCCUUGUACGAUGAAACCUGAGAUCGGAAAGAAGAAAACCAAACACUAAAAAAGAAAAUUGGAAGACAAAUGAAAAAGUAACAGCCAGUUUCCGGUGCAAACAGUUUCUGGGGCCACAUCAAUUUGUGAACGUUGUCGGCAGAUAGCAUCAAUUUUGCAGCAAGAUGUUUGGGCAACAUAAUAUUACCAUCAUCAAGAAGCAUGUCAUUACUUAACAGACUUUAGGAUUAUGCUUUGAAAUGGACAAAGGGGAAUGCCCCUUGCAUGUUGACUAUUUUGAAUGUUCAAAGAUCCCUGAUUCCAAAUAAUUAUAUUUUUACUAAA